UGGACGAGUUCUUGCUGUGAUCGUGAUGUCUGACAAAUCCCAUGAAUGUAAAUUAAUCUUCAUGCAGACAUCAUGCUAGUUUUUUAGGACUAAAUUAUUUUGACCUUCAGCAGUCACAAACAGAUUACACACAAACACAGCUGUGUGUCAGAGUAGCAGCCGCAUGGAAAAUAAAGGUGUCGGUCACAUGCCUGCUGAUUCACACACACACACACACACACACACACACACAGGUUUUUAUAUAAAGCUGAAAUAAGCAGAAGGUGAGGAAUGUGUUACUACAUUAAAGCUGAGAGAAGAGAUGGUCAAGUCCAUGCCACAGAUGGCUUCUCAGAUGAUCUCCAUCCUGUUUAUCUUGCUUCCUGUUUUCCUUUGCUCCCCUCCUUCAUUUAGUGGCCUGGAAGCUGAGGGCACUAAUCGAUCAUCUAUCCGGUUCCUGGUAGUUGGAGACUGGGGUGGUUUGCCCAACGCACCUUUUGUCACGCCUGUUGAGUGGGCUACAGCACGGGAAAUGGGCCGAACUGCUGAGCAGCUUGGAGCUGAUUUUGUUUUAGCCCUUGGAGAUAACUUUUAUUACAGAGGUGUGAAGAGUGUAGAUGAUCCCAGAUUUCAGGAGACCUUUGAGAAUGUCUACACUGCUAAAUCUCUAAAUAUUCCAUGGUAUGUUGUUGCGGGCAACCAUGACCAUGCAGGAAAUGUUCGUGCUCAGAUCCAGUACAGCAAAAUGUCCCAACGAUGGAAUUUCCCAUAUUAUUAUUAUGAACUGAACUUCAACAUCCCACAAACUGCUGCCACGCUGCAGGUGCUAAUGUUGGACACGGUGCUUCUUUGUGGAAACACUGAUGACUUCCAGGAUGGAAAGCCAAGUGGACCCACAAGCAGUGUGUUGGCCAACCGGCAACUACUGUGGCUGCAGGAACGACUGCAACGCUCCACAGCUGACUUCCUGCUUGUAGCUGGUCAUUAUCCUGUCUGGUCAGUGUCCAAACAUGGGCCCACUGACUGCCUGCUAAGAAGGCUUCGCCCCUUGUUGGUGAAGUACAAAGCCACUGCUUACCUGUGUGGACAUGAUCACAACCUGCAAUACUUCAAGGAGUCCAGUGUUGGUUAUGUUGUGAGUGGUGCAGGAAACUUCAUUGACCCAGACAUGAGGCAUAGAAAUUCUGUUCCUCGAGACUCUCUGAAGUUCUUCACCGGAAAAUCAUCGACACUUGGUGGCUUUGCUCACAUGGAGGUUACUGACAAAAAACUGAUUGUGACCUUCAUCCAAGCGAGAGGAACGUCACUAUUUCGCUCUGUGCUGCCUAAACGCAAUUUGUAAUUCAGAUGUUUUAAAACUUAGUGCCUGCUGGUAACUGUUUCCAAUCUUGUCUUUUAUGAGUUUUAAAGCUUUAAAUGCUUUCUAGUUUGUAAUGUUUUAUGUCUAAUGAGAUUAAAUAUAUGGGUUUUUUUUUAAUGCAAUUAAAUGAGCUUUAAGUGAUGUGGUGUACCUUUUUUUUUUUUUUUUU